GCACGUCUUUCUGCCCCCCCCCUUAUGUUUUUCUUUUUCUUUUAAUUCUUCCAAGAUACCAUAAAUCGGAGCUCCCUGGUUUGCCUGAUGAUCAUAAAUAAGUGAAAUUGGGGAAAUAAUCUGCCGAUUUACAGAAAAUCAACUGACUUCUUAACAUGAACAUUGUUAAAACGUAUUUUGAGGACAUAUAGAAUAUUUAAGGUAGGCCACGUCCAGUUGGUCAUACACUAUUGGAUGGGUCAAACGGGAAGCCAUGCCAAGUCUCUCACAAAGACAAAGAAAGCAAAGGAGAGAAGGGAUGUAGAUAAAAAUGAUCCUGCCGAUUCCGCCAGGCGUGUUGUGAAAGUCAUUGACAGCGUAGAACAAGAAGAGGGCCUUGGGGCCAAGGUCAAAAGGAGCAUAGGAUGUGAAGAGCAUGAAUACUUGGAUCCAUUCCUUCGUCUAGAUGAGUUUGAUAUAUCAAAACCGGCUGGCUUCCCAGAUCAUCCCCAUAGAGGAUAUGAGACGGUGACAUAUAUUCUAACAGGCUGUCUUGAUUUUGAGGACUUCAAGGGUAACAAAGGGACUUUACAGGAUGGUGAUGUACAGUGGUUAUCUGCAGGAAGGGGCAUUGUACACACAGAGAUGCCAGCUGGUGAGGAGAGCUGUCAUGGCCUUCAACUGUGGAUAAACCUUACCUCAGGGGAUAAAAUGGUAGAGUCCGUGUACCAGGACAUAAAGAAAGAGGACAUUCCAUUUGCAACAGAAGGGGGUGCCAGGGUCAGAGUGAUUGCAGGGGAAGCUUUGGGGAGUAAGUCAAUUCACAUUCCCUAUACCAUACCGCAUGAUUGUCACACUCUGGCUUCUACCACUCUCCUCUUUGGAGGAGGAGGCACUUGA